AUGUCUGACUACUACUGGCAACCCUCCAAAGCUACAGAUACUCAAAUGGACUACAUCACCCAGGUCUGGUACACUGUUACAUCCGGUGCCUGGCAACAGGGCAAUUAUGGAAAUCAAACAAAGCAACCUGAACGACGACGAAAUCACUGCAUCGCAUCAGGGCAUUUAUCCCCGUAUUCUAUGGUACUCAUGUACUACCUCCUCAUCGAGCUGUUCUUGCGAUUCAAGGAGAAUACUGACGACAAAUACAUGGAAUUUCUACCGACUCUGAUCAGCAACAUCGUCCAUCUGGACAAUGUAAUAGAAUCGCUCAUCCGCCCCUGCCUGAAUGUCCCCCUGGCAGAGCUACCUGAUUAUCGUUCCAAUAACUUCGAUGAAUACUUGGUGACGGAGUACCUGAUUGGCCGGCACGAUCCCCAGUCUAGCGCAUCUCAAUGGAAGGAUUUGCUUCAUUCAGACUGGAAGGCAUAUUCCGAUCGUAUCCCUGAACCGAUGGAUGGGGCAGAUUACGACUGGGAUAUCGAACAGCUGCCCUAUGAUGACUACGAAGAAGUAUGGGAUGCAGUAGAGGAAUGGUAUGGCUGGAACCCCGAUCCACAGUGGAUAUCUAGGUGGGUGAAGUGGGAGGACGAACGCAUGGCGGAGGGGGAGAAGGAGCAACAUUCCCUCCCUUCCACAGCCCAGGCAAGUCGUUUUAUGUAUCUCCUACGUGUUUCAGUGGCUCGAUACAUUAAGUACAGAAGCGAGGAAGGGGGGACAGCGAUGUGGAAGGAGAUGAACGGCCAGGAAAGAGGAUUCCAAAGCCCAUGGCUGAAGUGGAGGCGACGCAGUCUCAGUGACAAUAUGCAACAUGUAUUACAUGUACCACAUCCAUCCAGUCGUUAG